AUGCGAUCCCGUGUGGGCAGCGGCAGCGGCAACAAUGUUCCGCCGCACCAAGAGUUGGGUGGUCACAGGUUGGGGGUGUCUUGGGUGGGGGGGUUCACUGAGGUCACCCCAAAGCCCGGCGUAAGGCCGUACGGGCGCCGGUGGUCACUGGCUUCGCUCCCCUCAUCUGGCUAUGGGACCAACACCCCCAGCUCCACUGUCUCGUCUUCGUGCUCGUCCCAGGAGCGCCUGCAUCAGCUGCCAGCGCAGCCCACGCCGGAGGAGCUGCGCUUCCUCUCCCGACAUUUCGGCAGCUCCGAGAGCCUGGCUGAGGAGGAAGGGGGGUCACGGGGGGGGGCAGCCCCCCGCCCCAGGUCCCGCAGCCUCAGCCCUGGGCGCUCGCCCUCAUCCCACGACAACGAGAUCGUGAUGAUGAACCACGUGUACAAGGAGCGAUUCCCCAAGGCAACAGCGCAGAUGGAGGAGAGGCUGGAGGAGUUUGUGCGGAGCUGCGGCCCCGGGGGGACCCCGCUGGCAGACGGAGCUUUGAGCUUCAUCCAGCACCAACUGGCGGAGCUGGCUCGUGACUGCUUGGCCAAGUCCCAAGGGGCCCUCAUCACUUCUCGCUACUUCAUGGAGCUGCAGGAGAACAUGGAGCGGCUGCUGCAGGACGCCUACGAGCGCUCGGAGUCCGAGGAGGUGGCCUUCAUCACGCAGCUGGUGAAGAAGCUCCUCAUCAUCAUCUCCCGCCCUGCGCGGCUGCUGGAGUGUCUGGAGUUCGACCCGGCCGAGUUCUACCAGCUGCUGACGGCGGCGGAGGGGCAGGGGCUGCUGAAAGCCGACAUCCCACGUUACAUCAUUGGGCAGCUGGGGCUGGCGAGGGACCCCUUCCCUGAUGUGGUGCACCUGGAGGAGCCCGACAGCGGCGGCUGCAACACCCCAGAGCCCGAGGAAGGGGCUGAGGCUCGCAGCGCUGCCCCCAGACCCAAGAAACCACCUGGUGAAAACGACUUUGAGACCAUCAAACUCAUCAGCAACGGCGCCUAUGGGGCGGUGUAUUUGGUGCGGCACAGGGCCACCCGGCAGCGCUUUGCCAUGAAGAAGAUCAACAAGCAGAACCUCAUCCUGCGGAACCAGAUCCAGCAGGCGUUUGUGGAGAGGGACAUCCUCACUUUUGCAGAGAACCCCUUUGUGGUCAGCAUGUUCUGCUCCUUCGAGACCAAGCGCCAUCUCUGCAUGGUGAUGGAGUACGUGGAAGGGGGGGACUGUGCCACGCUGCUGAAGCACAUCGGGGCGCUGCCUGUGGACAUGGCAAAGAUGUACUUUGCUGAGACUGUGCUGGCACUGGAAUACCUCCACAACUACGGCAUUGUGCACCGCGACCUCAAACCUGACAACCUCCUCAUCACAUCGCUGGGCCACAUAAAGCUGACGGACUUCGGGCUGUCCAAGAUUGGCCUGAUGAAUAUGACCACCAACCUCUAUGAGGGGCAUAUGGAGAAGGACACCAGGGAGUUCAUGGACAAGCAGGUGUGCGGCACCCCAGAGUACAUCGCUCCCGAAGUGAUCCUGAGACAGGGCUACGGGAAGCCAGUGGACUGGAGCUCUUCGGGCAGGUGA